CCUCUCUUUCUACAUACAUAUAUAUAGACGUGACCUCGCUAUGAACUCAGUCGUGAUCUUAGCCCUCACAGCCAGUGGGGGGUACAAGCAGAUGGGGAAACUGAGGCUUGACACCUGCCCAAGGUCAUGUAGCAACAGCACAUGGCUGGCAGAGUUGAGAGUGGGACCCAGGGCUGGGCACCAUCAAUUAUCCUAGGGGAUGUGGGUCUGUCCCUAGAAAAAGUAAAGCCAGGGCAGCUGUGGCCUUAGCUGUGAUGGCUCUGGGUUUAGAGGAAUUUCAGUUAAUGUGUGUCUCUCCUACCCACUGCAGACGGGGUGGCUCAAGAAGAGGCUGGCCUGAGAGAAGCAAGGGGGUGGGCAGUGUUCCGGGGUGGAGCCUGGAGCAUCCGGAGCCUUCAUAAACCUGGGCAGGCGGGAGCAGUGCAAGCACAAGGGGCCACCAUGGAGGGCAGCUUCACGGGAGAAGAUGAGUACCAGAAGAAUUUCCUGCCCAGGGAAUACCUGGCCACCUACUGCAGCUUCAGCAGCGGCCCAGCACCUGAGGCCGAGGUGCUCAAGUUUAACCUGGAGUGUCUCCACAAGACCUUUGGUCCUGGGGGCCUCAAAGGGGACACCCUGAUCGACAUCGGCACAGGCCCUACCAUCUACCAAUUGCUCGCCGCCUGUGAGUCCUUCCAAGACAUCACCCUUUCAGACUUAACUGAUCGCAACCGGGAGGAGCUAGAAAAGUGGCUGAAGAAGGAGCCAGGGGCCUAUGACUGGUCCCCGGCUGUGAAAUAUGCUUGUGAGCUGGAGGGAGACAGCGGCCGGUGGCGGGAGAAGGAGGAGAAGCUUCGAGCUGUGGUAAAGCGAGUGCUCAAGUGCGACGUCCACCUGGGUAACCCACUGGCCCCGGCUGUGCUGCCCCCAGCUGACUGCGUGCUCACCCUGCUGGCCAUGGAGUGUGCCUGCUGCAGCCUGGACACCUAUCGUACUGCGCUGCGCAACCUCGCCUCGCUGCUCAAGCCGGAGGGCCACCUGGUGACCUCGAUCAUUCUCAGGGUCUCGUGCUACAUGGUGGGGAACCACAGGUUCUCCUCUGUGGCCCUGGAGAAGGAGGAGGUGGAGCAGGCUGUCCUGGAUGCCGGCUUCGACAUUGAGCAGCUUUUGCAUAGCCCCUGCAAAUACUCCCCCGCCAAUGCUGCCAGCUCCGGGGUCUGUUUCAUUGUGGCCCGCAAGAGGCCUGAGCCCUGAGCUGGGCUGGCCAGCAAGGGCUCUGGUCAGGCACUGAGGCCUUGGCCAUCUAUCUGCUAGUGAAGG